AUGGAGGUUCUAGAACCACGUGGUGGUGCUGGGAUGCACGCGUCGCUCCUUGAUCCCCCCAACCGCCGCUCCUCACUGUGCGGCGGGCUCGAAACUCCAACGCCAAAUCGCUGGCUUCCUGAUACAGUCUCAGCACCUUUGAUUGAUCUGAGCCAGCCUUUGGCCGAAUCUGCACGUGAAACGACCCAUCAUAGGGCCUUCGAGGCCCGAAAUGUCAAACGAAAGGCGUCCCGGGUGCUGGGACGCGCAACUCUGGACACGGAUAUCGUGGAUACGAGCAUAGCGUUUGCAGGCCUGUUAGCGCAAGUACAAACGGCUUAUCAAGACCGUCUGGAACUGAUCCAGACACAGCUGACGGAAGAGCUAGAGAGCUGGAAGGCCGAGCAGCAGGCCCGGGAAGACCUGCUCAAAGAACGGAUCGCCACGCUGGAAAGCGACGUCACCCGGCUUCGGGGUGAAUUAGAUCAGGUUCGAAAUGCGACGCCCGAACAGACUGCAGCACCACAGCCCACUCAGUGUAGGGCAACGGUGCCAAAGACACUCCGCACAAGCGAUCAAGACCAUCUCCGAGCCCGCGCCCAAGACUACAUGCCAGGCCCUAAGCCCGUGUCUCGUCACAACCAACCGUCAUCGAGCUUCGCGGACAUCGCCCCACUGCUAGCCACCAAGCCUGGAGGGCACGGAUGGCAAGAAGUCGUACACAAGAAAAAACGACCAAAUCGAACAGACUCAAGCAAGCAAGCUCAUCCUAGUGCGCUUACGCCCACGAGAAACGCCCCGAAAGAAGCCAGACGAAUGGUCUUCCGACGCGAGCAGGCCCAAACGGCCCCCCGCGUGGACAAAGAGGACAUCAUCCUUGCGGUCAACCGCGGACUCGCCCAAGCCGAUUUCCCGGGCUUUGUCCGCGCAAUUGACGCGGGGUACAGCAGCACUGGUGCGGUCACCGUGUUCUUAGAGAAGGGGGCUCUAGGGUCUAUGUUAGUACCCGUCCACUGGGACCUGGUGGUUGCCGCAGCACGACAGGCAGACCCAGCAAUCAUUUCUGCCGAGCUGCCUGAGCAAUGGUACCGAGUCAAGAUACACGGAGUUCCAACUCGUCGCUACCUAAGCUGUGGGCUGGGCCUUGCCAGGGAGGAAAUCGAACUGGGAACCUGGAUCCGACUGAAGAGAGACCUUACAUGGCUUCGGCGACACAGGGAGAUCCAGGAUGGUACCAGGAAAUGUCCACCAUCGUCGUCACGGUAG